AUGAGCGGAAUCACCGACACUGCAGCCACCCAAGCCCACGACGUCGUGGAGCAGGCCGAAGCCGAGGAGCAGAAGGUGCAGGGAGACAAAGCCAUUACUGGCGAGGGUGUGGGCGUCGAGGGUAGCAACACGGCUGGCACCGGUGACCAACAUGCAGAGGGCGAGACCAAGUCCAAGCUAGACAAGGUCAAGGAGGCGCUGCACUUGAAGAAGUGA